AUGGAGCUCGACACCUGCGUCAACUUCCUCACGAAGCAAGGUGAGCCUUGUGUCUGCAGCAUAAGGCAGGUGUUCGCCUGGCAUCCUCCACGUGGCCACCAGCUGGCCGACGUCUACCGCAGCAUGGAGCUCGACACCUGCGUCAACUUCCUCACGAAGCAAGGUGAGCCUUGUGUCUGCAGCAUAAGGCAGGUGUUCGCCUGGCAUCCUCCACGUGGCCACCAGCUGGCCGACGUCUACCGCAGCAUGGAGCUCGACACCUGCGUCAACUUCCUCACGAAGCAAGGUGAGCCUUGUGUCUGCAGCAUAAGGCAGGUGUUCGCCUGGCAUCCUCCACGUGGCCACCAGCUGGCCGACGUCUACCGCAGCAUGGAGCUCGACACCUGCGUCAACUUCCUCACGAAGCAAGCUGUAUGGGCCCUCCGAGACGCCGGCUCUCAUGCAGUCCGCGAAGCCCUAUCAGCCUGCUAA